AUGGCAAGAUCAGGUCAUUCCACUCACUUGUCUCCUGGAAGCCAUAGGGCACAUCAACCCCAGACACAGAAGCUCACCGAAACCAAAAUUUCCGAGCUGAAGAACUACCUUCCUGAGUGGACUUCUGCGAAAAGGAGCAAGAAGUGGGCAGUUUUCACUGCAAUUGCCAGGCCUGCCAGGUUGUUUGCGCCAAAGGUGGACCAAGGGCAAUGGAAAAAGAGGGAGCAGAUGUACAAGACUUGGUUGUUCAACAACAAGAAAAAGAAGGAAAGGAAGGACAUGAUAAAGUAUGGGAGGAAAUGGACACCUAGGAUGGUGAUCAACCAGCAGAAUUGGGAAGAGGUGCUGAAGAGGAUUGAGGAUGAGUCCAGGGCAAAGCCAGGAGAUCCUGGUAUGUUCAAGCAUUAUGAGGUGGCUGUGAAGAGAGUCAUGGCUGAAUUGUCUGACGACAAGUUGGAGAAGGCGAAAGAAACUGCUGAAGAAUGGUCCAACAACUGUCCUCCUCCCAAGAUACAAGCACAGGUCGCCCGUAAGAAGGGACCUGAAUAUAUGGAGCACUUUUUGAAGGAGAUAUGGAGGCAAUGCAGGAUGAGAGUGUUUGCAUUGUCAGCUUGGAAGAAUGAACAGGGUGAGGUGCUGUUCGGGAUGCAUGAUGAUAAUGAGGCAUUAGGAGAUGGGGACAGCUUCAUGAAGACAAAGGACUGGGAGGACAUCGAGACGGUGUGA